GUAUUAUGCUUCUGCAUUCUCCAAUCUGAUUUGGCGAUUUAUAUACGUUAGAAUCAAGUUAAAAGAUAUGGACAGAAAUACGUAAAAUAUUAUUACGUUUUUGAAAAAUAAUUUUUAAAUAUAAAUAAAUAAUAGUAUCAAAAUAUGUCCGGUGAAAAAACUAGUGAAAAAAUUGAGAAAGAAAAGAAUUUAUUAAUUGUCGUAUUAGAUGUUAAUCCAUUACAGAGAAUUGUUAAAGAAGAAACAAAAAUAUUGACACAAUGUUUAGAUUCAACAAUUGUAUUUGCCAAUGCACAUUUAAUGCAAGCGUCAAACAAUCAAUUAGCAGUAAUGGCUUGUCAUGGACAUGGAGCAACGUUUUUAUAUCCUUCUGAGAAAACCAAUGAUAUACGUCAAAUCGAUGGACAGUAUGAAAAAUUUACAGAGGUAGAACGUACUGUCAGACAACAGAUACAACUGUUUGUAAAUCAAAUACCGUUAGAUGCUUCAUUGAAUGGUGAAAGUCUUAUUUCUGGAGCACUUUCCAUGGCAUUAUGUUAUAUUUCAAGAAUAUCUCAGGAUAAAGAGGGAGAUGAGAAAUUUUAUUCAAGAAUACUUGUGAUCACCGCUAGUAAUGACUCAACUAUGCAAUAUAUGAAUUAUAUGAAUAUAUUUUUUACUGCACAAAAGAUGAAUGUUAUACUGGAUGUAUGUAGCUUGGAUCAAGAAUUAACAUUGCUACAACAAGGCUGUGAUAUAACUGGAGGAAAUUAUUUGAAAGUACCACAGUUGAAUGGAUUGUUGCAGUAUUUAUUAUGGGUCUUUUUACCAGAUUCUAGUGUUAGAUCAAAAUUAGUAUUACCACCACCGGUAGAAGUUGAUUAUCGUGCUGCGUGCUUUUGUCAUCAAGAACUUGUAGACAUUGGUUAUGUAUGCUCUGUUUGUUUAUCAAUUUUCUGUAAAUUUAGUCCAAUUUGUACCACGUGCCAUACAGUAUUCAAGAUGCCAGGACCAAUACCAAUGAAAAUGAAAAAAAAGAAAAAGAAUAUAGAUAUCACACAUUGAUAUUAUUUUACGAAAUAUAAAUAAAUCAUUCUUACUUGCACAUUGGAUAUAAUGCCAGUGCCGAGGGAAUCAUCACUAACAAGCUAUUUGUGUAGCAUAAUAUAA